AUGCGUAAUCUAGAAAAUGUGGUAAUAAGUACGGGCAUAUCGGCUGGGAUUCAGCACUUUGAAACAUAUAAUUCUCAAUUGUUGAUUUCCCAACAAUAUGCCGGCAUGAGGUUUGAUUCGACGGAACAAGAACGAAAGAGAAAAGCAGACGAAAAUAACGAGGAAGUCUCUUCUCGCGAUCGUACAUCUCCUUUACGUGACGAUUUUUUUGAUGGAAUGCUGUAUCAUAAAGAAUUAAUUUCGGAAGAAGAUGAGGAUAAAAGAAUCAAAGAUUCAUCAAAGUCGAUAUGGUGGAGAAUUAUAGAUGGAUCAGAUUUAGAUGUAAUCAGAGAAUACCUCUCAGAAGAAGAAUUUUUAGAAUUACAAGAGGUUUUAGCUAAUGCACUCGAAUUAGGAACUACAAUUAAUGAUUGGACAAUAUUGAAACCACAAGCAGAGAAGUGUUUACGAGAUUUAUCAAAGCUAAAUAACGAUCAGAUUAAAAUAAUUGGUGAAAAAGUUCUUCCCGAAGGAACACGCGGUGCAUUAGAAGAACUAAAAAAUUUUCUAAAAACGAGUUCCCAAGAAUUUGAUCUCGACUUUGGUGAACCAGUGUCUCGAGCUUCUAGAGCACGUCGUGACAAGGCUCACGAAGGAGAUGAGGGAUUUCAUCUGGAUUGGCUCUUUUGUAAUCAUGAAUUAGGAGCAAAAGAGUCUUGGGGCCGUGAAUUUUCUCUCUGCGAAAGAGCUGGUUCAGUAAUCGAUAAUACAAGGAAAAUUUUUUCUAAUACACUGAAGGUUAAAAAAACAUUAAGAGACAUGCACAUGUCAUUAAUGAAGUCUAUCGCAUCUGUUAGCAAUAAGAGGGUGUCAAAAGAAGUACUACGAUCAUUUCCGAAGUUAUUGAUGCCUGGGCUUAUUUCUUCACAUUUUUUUUUACAAGCAGUGUUAAUAGUAUAUGUUGGUGCUGGUUUUUAUGUUUCCACUGAUUUGGCCGAGUUAGAAAUUCCUACCGAUUAUAAUGAACUUGAUAAAUUUUAA